AUGUUCAGAUCUGUCACAUCCCGCGCUGCAAGGCAGCUCACGAAGCCCAGCUACACAGCUGUCCGUAAUGCCUCCGGAACGGCGAACAAGUUCGAUUGGCAAGACCCAUUGGGCGCGAGCAACCUCUUUACGGAGGAGGAGCUAGCGAUCUCAGAAACGGCAGAGCAGUACUGUCAGGAGAGGAUGUUGCCUAGGGUACUUGACACCACAGAGGCCUUCCGCAAUGAAGAAUACGAUCGUCAAAUCCUCACCGAGAUGGGAGAGCUAGGACUCCUCGGCGCCACGAUCAAAGGCUACGGGUGCGCUGGCGUGUCCUCCGUAGCCUCUGGCCUGAUCACACGAGCAGUCGAACGCGUCGACUCCGGCUACCGAUCCGGUAUGUCGGUGCAGUCGUCCCUCGCAAUGGGCGGCAUCGAAGAGUUCGGCACAGAGGAGCAGAAAGAGAAGUUCCUACCCGGCAUGGCACAGGGAAAGAUCUUGGGAUGCUUUGGACUUACAGAGCCGAAUCACGGAAGCGAUCCAGGCAGUAUGGAGAGUGUUGCAAAGCCACACCUGACGAAGGAGGGAUACUACAGCUUGAGUGGGAGUAAGACGUGGAUUACGAACAGUCCUAUUGCGGAUGUGAUGUUGGUGUGGGCGAAGUUGCAAGAGACGGGCAAGAUUCGUGGGUUCUUGGUUGAGAGGAAGAAUGCGCCGCCUGGCACGAUCGAAACACCGGUGCUGAAGAACAAGAAUGGACUACGAGCAUCGAUCACUGGUAUGAUCCAACUGGACGAUUACCCCGUGCCAAAGGAGAUGAUGUUCCCUGAUGUCGAGGGUCUCCGAGGACCAUUCUCGUGUCUGAACAGUGCUCGGUAUGGUAUUGCUUGGGGUGUCAUGGGAGCGCUGGAAGAUGCUAUUGCGAGGGCGAGGGAGUAUGCUCUGGAGAGGAAGCAGUUCAAGAACAACCCUAUUGCGAAGUACCAGCUUGUGCAGAAGAAGCUGGCGGAUGCCACAACGGAUGCGGCGUAUGGUAUCCUCGCAGCAUACCAGGUUGGCCGCCUGAAGGAUGAGGGUAAAGCUGCGCCAGAGAUGAUCUCGAUGAUCAAGCGACAGAAUUGCGAUCGUGCACUCAUUGGAGCGAGGAAUCUGCAGGAGAUCUUUGGUGGCAACGCAGCGAGUGAUGAGUACCAUAUUGGACGACAUGUGUCGAACUUGUUCGUCACGCAGACAUACGAGGGGCAGAGUGAUAUUCACUCACUUAUCCUAGGACGGGCCAUUACGGGCAUUCAGGCCUUUGUUUGA